UGAGUUUUCUUUGUCAUUUUUGAAAUUUUUUUUAUCAUCGAAAAAUAUGAACAACAAUGGAGGAGGACCUUCGAAGAAAGGGGAACAGAAUGGCAAACAAAAUGGAGAUGAAGGUGAACAGGCCAAUUCGAAUGAGGAUAAAAAAGGAAAAGCCAAACUCACUGCGGAUAAGAGUGAACAGACAACAAGAUCAUUGCAUGAAUUGCAUGUCAAUUAUGUGUAUGAAACGGAUGACCAAUUCUCAUUCAAGCCAACACGAUCGAUACUUACAACACCCCCCGAUUCUCUUAUCAAACACACCAUGGAUGAUUCACAAUUUUUGGACUUUGAUGAUUUGUUGCCAAUGAUUGGGGAGUUUGGUUUAUUUCAGAAAGGAUUGUUUGUUCUGAUGAUACCAUUUUGUUUUAUUGCCGCCUUUGUGUAUUUGGGCCAGAUCUUUAUGACAUUGGCGCCCAAUCACUACUAUUGCCUGGUAGCGGAACUAUCGUUGGUCGAAGAUGAGCAAUUGCGCAAGGACUUAUCGAUACCGAGGGAGAAGGAUGGUUCAUUCAGUAAGUGUUUAAUGUACGAUACCAACUAUACGGCCAUACAUUUGGCUAAGAAUCGCUCACAAUAUAUAAAUACAUCAUUGCCAAAAAUACCCUGUAUUAAUGGCUAUGUAUUCGAUAAGAAGGAGAUGCCCUUUGAAACGGCCACUAUGGAAUUUGGUUGGCUUUGUGAUAAUGAUCGCUAUGCGACCUAUGCUCAAAUGAUAUUCUUUAUUGGCUCCAUACUUGGUGGCUUAUUCUAUGGACAUUUUGCCGAUCAUUGUGGUCGGAUUGCCGCCUUGGUUAGUAGUUGUUUUCUAGCACUUGUGGGUAGUCUAUUCACAUCGAUAAGUACAAAUUUUACGGGAUUUGCAUUUACCAGAUUUAUUGUUGGAGCCUCGUAUGACACAUGUUUUACCAUGAUCUAUAUAUUGGUUCUGGAAUAUGUUGGACCAAAAUAUCGCACAUUUGUGGGUAACAUGUCCUUGGCCUUGUUCUAUUCGCCAUUCACUAUGAUAAUGCCAUGGCUUGCCUUAUGGACCGCAACUUGGCGUACAUUUUCAAUUGCAGCCACAUUACCGAUUCUAAUAUCAAUGUUCUCCUAUUUCAUUUUACCCGAAUCAGCGAGAUGGCUCGUGUCAGUGGGUGAUAUUGAUAAUGCCCUGAAGAUAUUGAAGCGUGUGGCCAGUUACAAUAAUAGACCUGUGCCCCACAAUGUCCUUGAGAAUUUUAAAACCAGUUGCCAACAGUUUUAUCGCGAGGAACUUGAGGGUCGUCACUUUAAUGUAUGCUCGAUCUUUAAACGUUCACGCAUGGCACGAUAUACGAUUUUGAUGAUUCUAAUAUGGAUGACCUUGUCAUUGGUCUAUGAUGGACAUGUGCGGGCUGCCAGCGUUUUGGAUAAGGACAAUGUAUUUUUAGUCUUUUGCCUGGCCUGUGCCACCGAAUUGCCGGGAAACCUGCUAUUGAUUCUGACGCUGGAUCGUUUUGGCCGUCGUUGGUGUGCCUUUGUGUACACAUCUUUGAGUGGCAUAUUCAGUCUGAUUGGUGCGAAUCUGCAGAGGCCAAUGCAUAUGCUGGUGGCUGCUUUGGUGGGGCGUUUCUGUGCCAAUAUUUGCUAUAAUAUAGGCCUUCAAUGGGCGGCCGAGAUAUUGCCGACAGUGGUGCGAGCUCAGGGCAUAGCUCUCAUACAUACAAUGGGUUUUGUGGCCAUGCUGAUGUCUCCGCCAGUCAUUUAUCUCUCGCAUGUGUCCACCUCACUGAUGCUUAACAUUCUGGGCGGUCUGGGGAUAUUGGGUGGCAUAAUGGCCCUCUUUUUGCCCGAAACCCUGAAUCACGAUCUCCCGCAAACGCUAAGCGAUGGCGAUGACUUUGGUCGAGAGCAACGCAUCUGGCAUAUGCCAUGCUGUGGUCCCGGCUCAAAGCGUGUUCGCAGGCCGCGACGUUUGUGGCAUCAGGGCUCCAGUUUAAGGACCAUAUCGCGUGAAGAGUUCCGUUCACGGAAAAUGCAUCGUAAGGCCAGAACGCGGGUGCAUAGUGUCCCAUCACCAAUGAAUCAUGAUAGCGGGAAUUGGGAUCAUUUUCAGCGUGUUGGGCAAAGUCUGGAAUCGUUACCAUUGGAUAAAGAGAAAGUACAAAAAUCUUACAAGUACAAAUGAAAUGAAGGUCGAAAAGUCUAAUGGAAUUCUUCGCCUCAAAAUAAUAAAUAAAAACAUAUAUGUACAUAUAAAUAUAAAAA